AUGUCGGAACCAACUGCUAAAAAGGCAAAACUGAGGAACUACAAAGAAGAUUUUAUCAUGUUUGGUUUUGUAUCUGUAGACUCAAAACCUAUGUGUUUUGAAUGUGAUGCCAUCAUGACAAAUCAUUCUAUGAAGAAAGUUAAGCUGGGACAGCACCAGAAAUUAAGGCAGCCAUCAUCUGUUCGUAAAGGCAGGGAAUAUUUUGAGGAUAAAAAUAAAAUACAGCCAAUGAAACUACCCAACUUUGUAAAGAAGAUAAAUACUGAAAAAGCAAAAAAUAAAAUUUGGUCUCUGAAAUUAUUGCCAAGGUUGCAGCAUCUCAGAUUUAUGGUUGAGGAUAGCACAAUUCAUAACCAAGCUAUCCUUCUAGUCUAUGUCAGAUUCAUCCAUGAAGAUGAUAUAAGGGAAGAAAUGUUAUUCAUUAAAAGUUUAUCAGAAACUAUUAAUGGAGAAGAUAUAUUCAAUGAAGUAAUGCAGUAUUUUAAUGAUAGAAAUAUUCCAUUGACUAAUUGGAUCAACAUUGCAUCAGAUGGAGCUGCAGCCAUGACUGGAAAAGUGAAAGACUUCGUUUCUAAAAUGAAAUCAGUUUCUCCACACACUUUUUAUAUACAUUGCGUUAUCCACAGACAGCAUUUGGUUGCUAAGAAUAUUGGAGGACACAUGGAAGAAAAAUAA